AAAGACGAAAGGAAAUUAGACAUGCUUCCAAAAAUCAAAAAUUAUCACCUGAUCUAUUGACAGCAUAUUUGAUGACAAAUGAUGAGUAUGGUAAGCCAUUGACAGAUGACAUUAUUGUUGGAAGUUAUCUGGAAGCGGUGAGUAGCGGAAUUCAGAUGCCGGCGAAUUAUAUGUGCUUUAUAGUUUAUUAUUUGGAUCACUAUUCCCACUUUAAACAACGAGUUUUUCAGGAAUUAGAUGAGGUUUUCAACUAA